AUGUCUCAUGAUCAGAAAUUUAGUAGCGAGAAACCUAUAGAACAGAUUUGGGAGAUUUUGACACCAUGGCAUCAAGCAAAAAGUAAAGCAGAAAGUUCCAUAUCAGAAGCAGUGGAGAAAGCCGCAACUUCUGGAAUGCUAGAUAUCCAAAAUGAACUAGAAAAGUGUACUGAAGAAAGAAAUGAUGUUGCUGACGUUAAUCAGAAGCUCAUUAAAAAUCAUGAAAUGUGGCGAGAGAAGGUUAAAGAAGCUAAAGAGAGAGAAGUUGCAUCAAUGAAGUCGAUGAAUGAGUGGGUACUUGAUUUGGAGGAACAUGUAUUACAACUCCCUUCAUCAAUUCUUUGUAUAGUAUGGGGAAACCGACGGAUGUCAAGAAAAACUGUAAAAAAGGCCAAGGGCCCAAGUACAUAUGAACAAUGUAUGUUAAUACGAUAG